AUGGGCGUAAAAGCUGGACAUGGAAAGAGUGUGGACCUCGAUAUCAGAGACGUCGAUGGCAAAACGCCGCUGAUCUUGGCAGUCGAAUACGGCCAUCCAGAAAUAGUCGAAUACCUGCUUCUCCAUAAAGCAAAUCCUCAAGAAGAAGACCACCCACGUCAUCCAGGUCUGACAAGAUCUCCGGUUAUAUGGGCAGUCGAGAAAGGAAGGAGCGAAAUCUUACGAAGCUUGCUUCGUCAUGGUGCAAACGCGAAUGGGAAAAAGCCUGAUACUUGGGGUGUACCAAUGGAUUUGGCAGUUGGUAAAUGGGAUAAGGAUGCUGUCGGGAUUCUUCUUGAACAUGGUGCUGACCCGAAUAUUGCCCUGCAUUCUGAAACGCUCCUGGAAAGAGCAAUCAACGAAAACGACGUCCAUAUUGCGCGUCUUUUGCUUCAUCACGGCGCGGAUAUUCGAGCCGUAGGCAGUUUUCGACUUCGCCAAGCUCUACAACACGGUCCGAUGCUGGAGGUCGUGAAUUUCAAGCCGCCAGUCUCCGUUAGACUUCUUGAUUCGGCCCUUCUUAUGGAUUCUCUGGAACUGCUUCAAACAGUGCUUGAGCAUUUCGGAGACAAAGCAAAGCAAGUCAUAGAUGAGGAGAAGCUGCUUCACAAGGCCGCUGCUUUGGGUUUCAGGCAACAUGUCUUGUCCUUGCUUAAACUUGGCGCUAAUAUCGAAGCAGCGGCCAUGCUUAACAAUUGCUUGCAUCGGGACGGUUCAAAAUGCUACUGUUUAGGAACUGGAUUGGAAUGCACUGCGCUGCAUGUGGCCAUAGCACAUGGCCAUAGUGCAAUCGCAGGUGAUCUUUUUGAGAAAGGAUGCUCGCACAUGAAUGUUCGACUUCAUGAAUCUUCCGAUUCUCCUCAUAUUCGACAAACCACGAUGUUACAUGUGGCAGCUAAAUACAGCCAACCCAUGGUCGAUAUGGUAAUCCAAUUCGGUGCUGACCUCGAAGCCGUAGAUGAAAUGGGCUGUGCACCAUUACAUUACGCUGCGACAGGGGCUCGAUCUCUUGAGACGAUAAACAUGUUUUCGGAGAAUCCUGCCUUUGUCAGGAUGAAAGAUCACAACGGCCUUACCCCGUUACAUAUCGUGUCAGGCCGAUCUUGGGCAGAGGCCGUCAAGCACCUUCUUGAGCGAGGUGCCGAGGCUGAUGCAGUUGAUAAUGACGGUCGAACAGCUCUCCAUUUGGCACUUAACUCAACCAACAAGGUAUCCAGGUAUUCCAGGAAGGACACUCGUACGAUACGUUAUCUUUGUCUCAAUGGGCCCGCUCAAGUGAAUAUGAAGGACAAAAGGAGUCUUACUCCACUGCAUAUUGCGUCCGGCCAUUCUUGGGCAGAAGCUGUUGAGCUCCUUCUUGAGCAAGGUGCCGAAGUCGAUGCAGUAGAUGUUGACGGUCGAACAGCUCUGCAUUUAGCGGCUAACUCACAUGUCAACCGACAUGAACAUUUCGACACUCGUACCAUAGAUUUGCUAUCCCUCGACAACCGCACUCAAGUGAGGAUGAGGGAUAAACAGGGUCUUACGCCUCUACAUCUCGCGGCAAGCUUAGGUCGAACACGGGCUGUUGAGCUCCUUCUUAGGCGAGGUGCUGAAGUCGACGCAGUGGAUAACAAUGACCAAACUCCUCUCCAUUGGGCAUUACAGAGUGGAAGCGUGUCUCCCAGAUUGGCUGAAAUGCUGAUAAAAGCUGGCGCGGACGUGAACGCAAAGAAUCGACUUGGUCAGUCCGCACUACAUCUUCUCGGCAUGCGGAUGCGCGCCCCCGGUAGCAGCUACAGGUUGAUGGAGCUUUUUUCCAUUUUUGUAAAUCAUGGGACUGAUCUAAACACAGAGAGCUCUCUGGGUGAUCUUGCGCUGGAUAACUUGGAGGACAGGCCUGGUACCAACGAUUCUGACCUAUGGGGACUUCCUCAAACUCCCCCAUUGUGGGAGGAUCCUUGA